AUGAGGAGUGUCACACUCGAAAUCCCUGCUAAUCAAAGCCUCUUAAGAAAAUCUGGGAGAGCUGAUACUUGGCUCCAACCUCUUAUUGGAGAAAUUGAAAAGAAUAAGAUGCAAAGCCAUAGUUGUUACACUUUGAUGAAUGACAUAGUUCAUUCAACUUUGAAGGCUAAUCUUAUUGGGACUGAAUUGAUGGGGCGAGUUUCUACAUUGGAGAAAAAGGAACGAGAGUCUACAAGGGCUCUAUCUGAGGCUAGGAAAAUAGCUGAGGAUGCAUUAUUUGAGGCAGCAAACUGGAAAAAACAAUUUGAGAGUACCCAAGUGACUGUAGAAGAGUUGCGGGAGAGCAAGGCUCACUUGGAGCAACAAAAUCAUGGCUUAACUUCUGAAUUGGGAAUUGCGAAUGCUUCUUGGGGUCAGCUUAAAGAGGAUAAAGAGCUUCUGGAACGUUCUUUAUCUAGAGCCAAUGAUGAGAUUAAAGAGCUUAAAGAACUCAUGGAGAAGAAAGAAGAAUACGCAAAGGAGUUAGCUCAAAACUUAAGUCAUGCUCAGAAUGAUUUAAGAAUUUCUUCUGAUAGAAUCCGUGCCUUGGAAAGUUCUCAUGCCUCUCUUGAAGCUUCCCUGGAUUCUCAUUUAGCCGAGCACCAAAUAAUGAAAAAUGACCUUGCUAUGUGGGAAAAGGAAUACAAGGCUUUGGAGAAGGAAUAUAAUGCUCUUGAAGAAAAUUUCAACAUAGACGUGAGUUGGGCUUUUCUAAAUUCUCGACGUGAUGCUUUGAUGGAGGCUACACAGGAAAACUUUGACUUGCAAUCUGAGUUGGCCAAAGUCAUAGACACUAUCGAAAAAGGUCAACAACCUGCUGAUACUCCUUCUCCGGCACUUGGAACUAUUGACACCCCCUCUCCAGCACUUGAAGCUCCUGGAACAGAAGAGUGUUUGAACUCCGAAGCAGUUACUGAGGUACUUGAAGUUAUAACUCCAGCUUCCGAAGUUGAAACUUCUAUGACACAGUCUAUGGAAAUUGAAGUUCCUGUGACUGUUACUUCCCUCGUUGAUGUUAUCUCUUCAAGCUCAGCUGAAAUCGCUCCUAUUGCUGCUUCGUCAGAAGUUGUAACCGCACCUGUUAUUGCUUCAGAAAGUGAUGUUACAACUUUUAAUGAUUGUUAA